UAUUCUGACAAUCUGACUUCUGACAUCGUUUUCUGUGUCGUAUUUUUUUAAUCUUUUAGAUUAGUAUGGCAAAAUAUGGUUAAUUAUUAUUAUUUUCUGAUUUUGAUUCUUGAAAACCUUUAUUAUGAAGAAAAAAGUAUUGCUAAUGGGAAAAAGUGGUUCAGGCAAGACGAGUAUGAGAUCCAUAAUAUUUGCAAAUUACAUUGCUAGAGAUACUGGCGAAUGGACAAUUUUUACAGUUGAUGUGGAACAUUCACAUGUAAGAUUUUUGGGCAAUCUAGUUCUGAACCUGUGGGAUUGUGGGGGCCAAGAAGCAUUCAUGGAAAAUUACUUUGCCUCUCAGCGAGAUAACAUAUUUAGGAAUGUUGAAGUUUUAAUUUAUGUUUUCGAUGUUGAAAGCAGAGAAUUGGAAAGAGAUAUGCAUUAUUAUCAGUCGUGUUUAGAAGCCAUCCUACAAAACUCCAGGGAAGCCAAAAUAUUUUGCCUUAUUCAUAAAAUGGAUUUAGUUGCAGAAGACCAGAGAGAUAUAAUUUUUAAAGAAAGAGAAGCUGAUUUAAUUCGACUCUCGAAACCUCUAGACUGUACCUGCUUUAGAACCUCAAUUUGGGACGAGACUCUGUAUAGAGCUUGGUCGAGCAUAGUUUACAUGCUAAUUCCUAAUGUAAAAGAAUUAGAGACAAGCCUACAACAGUUUGCAAAUAUUGUAGAUGCCGAUGAAGUUUUAUUAUUUGAAAGAGCAACUUUUUUAGUUAUAUCACAUUGUCAAAGAAAGGAACACCGAGACGUUCAUAGAUUUGAAAAAGUCUCUAAUAUAAUAAAACAGUUUAAGUUGUCUUGUUCCAAAUUGGCAGCUCAGUUCCAAAGUAUGAAAGUCAGAAAUUCUCUUUUUGCAGCUUAUAUUGAUAUGUUUACUAGUAAUACUUAUGUUAUGGUAUGCAUGUCUGAUCCUCAGAUUCCAUCUGAAGUUACUUUAAUAAAUAUUAGAAAUGCGCGGAAACAUUUUGAGAAAUUAGAAAAAGUGUCAAAUUCCUCUAUAACUCGUUAAAAUCUAUAACAAGUAAUAAUUAUUUCAGGUUUGCCAUUUUACAAAUACAACUUGGAUAGUUUUCUUAAUACAAAAUCACAAGAAUAUUCAAGAGAAAACAUGAUAUACCUAUGUAUGACUAGAAAACAUUGAUAUAUACAAUAUGAAAAUUGGGUAAAUAUACAAAAUAUAAUACUAUGUGAUAAGAUGAUUGAUUAUGUGUGCUAGUAUUUAUAUUAUUAAUGUUAAUAAUUAUUGUUUUUGUUUGAUGUGUUUACAAUAUUAUUUUUUGAGUAAUAAAUAUAUCUUUAUUUUUUCAAAAUUUUCUUGUAAAUUUAUUUACUCUUAAACAAUAAAAAAUAUAUUAUUAUUAA